ACGCAGUUGUUUUGGAAACAGCGUAGAGCAGCUGAGCAGCACUGCGGUGAUCUGCGGCUCUGCUCCAUCUCUCCUUUCUCUCUCCGGUUCCCUCGACGGCUCCGGUUCUCUGAUUCCCGUUCUCUGUCGCUCCUCUCCAGGGUCCCGAAAGGAGUCUGACCGCUCCAUGAGCCCGCCGCUGCGGCCACAGCAUCGGAGUCGGGGUUGCCCUUGACUCGGUGGAGGAGUUCGGAGGAGGGGGGUCGAUCAUGCAGAGCGGAGGACAUUGUGACUGAGAUCCGCCAGGAUGCGGAUCUUCUUCCAUCCCUGCCGGCCGCGGAGCCUCAUCGUCCUGAGAAACAUCUGCGGACAGCCGCGGCCCCGGAGCUCCCCCGGACGAGCUGAGGAGGCCUGAGGUCUCCUCCGGAUUAGAUGGUGGCAGAAGGCAAGUGUGCAUGACAAGAUAAACAAACCCGAGGCUGUCCUGCCUGCUGCAGAUAAGCAGAGCUGAGGUCCACUCUCCAUUGCCUGUCAUUGUGGUUUAUUUGGGCCUCUUGAGGCUACACAGACUGUUUGUGGCAGUAGAUGCUCGUUUAAUAAUGGAUGUGAUGUUCAGCAGCCCCUGAACUGUACAUGUAGGCUUGGACUGGCUUAUCUUUCUAACCCUAAAGAGACUGAAAACGAUGGCCGACCACGAGGAUGCGGAACUGUCCGAGUCGCUGCAGAAGGAGGACGGGUUCUCCAGCGAGCUGGAGGAACCUGGUACCAACUUCAAGUCUAAGAGUUUACCUGUUUUGAACGAAGAGGCGCCUCAAGAGAAAACUUUGCUGGCUAGCUCAGGACGGAUGUCCAUAACAGCAGAGGAGAGCGCAGAGUUCAUCCAGCUGCCCGCCAAGACCGAGUCCUUCCAGGCCGAGUCCCCAACCAGAACCAACUAUCUGCCCAAGCCGGGGAAGUCGGCGCUGAACCGGCCCAGUUCGUACAUGGAGAACACGGAGAUCCGCAGGAGUAAAACUGCAGUGAGGAGGAAGCCCCCAGGGUUCUUCGCUGCCAGGUUGUCUCAGAUCCGUCUGCCCAGCAGGAAGCACCUGGGUGUGAUCCUGCAGGACUCCCGCUGCUUCCUGUUCUGCAUGUGCUACCUGACCUUCAUCCAGUCGCUCAUGGUGUCUGGCUACCUCAGCAGCGUCAUCACCACCAUCGAGAAGAGGUACAGCCUCAGGAGCUCUGAGUCGGGCCUCCUGGUCAGCUGUUUCGACAUCGGGAGCCUCCUGGUGGUCGUCUUCAUUAGCUACUUUGGUGGGCGGGGCCAGAGGCCUCGCUGGCUGGCGGUAGGCGGGAUCUUCAUCGCGGUAGGUGCUGCCCUCUUCUCCUUACCUCACUUCAUCUCGCCGCCCUACCAGAUCCAGGAGGUCAACUCGUCUUCGGCCAACGAGGGCCUGUGCAUGAACAGCAACGCCAGCGGCAGGGACCGCGUCGACAUCACUUCCUGUCCCAGAGAUCAGGAGGGCAACGAGCACAACCUGUACGUGGCGCUGUUCAUCAUCGCUCAGAUCCUGGUGGGGAUGGGCUCCACACCCAUCUACACGCUGGGACCCACCUACCUAGACGACAACGUCAAGAAGGAGAACGCCUCGCUGUACCUCGCCAUCAUGUAUGUGAUGGGAGCUCUGGGACCGGCGGCCGGAUACCUGCUGGGAGGCGUCCUCAUCGGGUUCUACGUCGACCCAAAGACGGCCGUCAACAUUGACCAGAGCGACCCUCGCUUCAUCGGAAACUGGUGGAGCGGCUUCCUGCUGUGCGCCAUCGCCAUGCUGCUCGUCAUCUUCCCCAUGUUCACCUUCCCCAAGAAGCUGCCGCCCCGACACAAGAAGAAGAAGAGGAGGAAAAAGCUGAGCCUGGACGACCUGUCCAGCGACGACGACGUCCUGAAGGAGAAGAGCAACAACAAGAACCAGACGGUCACCUCGUCCAUGGGCUUCGGCAAAGACAUCAAAGACCUGCCCAAAGCCGCCGUGAGGAUCCUGAGCAACGUGACCUUUCUGUUCGUCAGCCUGUCCUACACGGCUGAGAGCGCCAUCGUCACCGCCUUCAUCACCUUCAUCCCCAAAUUCAUCGAGUCUCAGUUCGGCAUCCCGGCCUCCAACGCCAGCAUCUACACCGGCGUGAUCAUCGUUCCCAGCGCCGGCGUCGGCAUCGUCCUCGGCGGCUACAUCAUCAAGAAGCUGAAGCUGGGAGCUCGUGAGUCGGCCAAGCUGGCGAUGAUCUGCAGCGGCGUGUCGCUGCUCUGCUUCUCCACGCUGUUCAUCGUCGGCUGCGAGAGCAUCAACCUGGGAGGAAUCAACAUCCCCUACACCACCGGACCAACGCUGACCAUGACUCAGAGGAACCUGACUGGAGGCUGUAACGUGAACUGUGGCUGUAAAAUCCAUGAGUACGCUCCGGUCUGCGGCUCCGACGGCAUCACCUACUUCAACCCCUGCCUGGCCGGCUGCAGCAGCGUGGCCAACGACAGCACCGGGGUGAGGAACUACUCGGACUGCGCCUGCGUCCAGAGCCGGCAGGUCAUCACGCCGUCAUCGGGCGGUCAGGGUGGAAACCAGCUGCAGCUCGUCAUCGUGAAGACGUACCUGAACGAGAACGGAUACGCCGUGUCGGGGAAAUGCGACCGCACCUGCAGCACUCUCAUCCCCUUCCUCAUCUUCCUCUUCAUCGUCACACUCAUCACGGCCUGUGCUCAGCCCUCCGCCAUCAUCGUCACGCUCAGGUCUGUGGCAGAGCAGGAGAGGCCGUUCGCUCUGGGGAUGCAGUUCGUUCUGCUCAGGACUCUCGCUUACAUCCCGACUCCUAUCUACUUCGGCGCCGUCAUCGACACCACCUGUAUGUUGUGGCAGCAGGACUGCGGCGUCCACGGCUCGUGUUGGGAAUACGACGUCACCUCGCUGCGCUUCGUCUACUUCGGCCUCGCGGCCAGCCUCAAGUUCCUCGGCUUCUUCUUCAUCUUCCUCACCUGGUACUCCAUCAAGUACAAGGAGGAGCGGGUGGAGCGCUGGCUGAAGCGCCACCUGUCGCCCGUCGACACCGUGGGUAGUCUGGUCUGCCACCCCGGCGGUCACAAGGGCCACGCCCGGACCCGGUCCUGCCCAGUCAACAUCCCCCGCAGCGACCCCAACGCUCCGCCCGCCAAUGCUCCGCCGAGAGCCGGCGCCCUGAACCGCGGCGUCAGCACCCAGAGUUGCCCUGGCAACGAGCUGAAAGCAAUAACUCCUCCCCCUCCGCCUCCCGCGGCGGCUUCGCCUGCACCGGCCCGAUCACUGGAACAAGUUUCAGUUCAAGUCUGAGCUCCAGAUUCAUGCGGAGAUCCGGUCGGCUGGAGGUUCCUCUGAUGAACCACCAGCUGCUUCUGGUCAGAACCUUUUCUGAUCCUCUGCUUGGUUGGUGGAAACAUUGAGACGAAGGCUCGGCUUCAUCCUCAUCAACCCUCAGCUCCUCCCACCGCGGCAACAUGUGCCUUUUGCCACCACAGUCCUCACAUGUCCAGUAAAACACAGCCAACCCCAACAGAUACCUCAGCUCCAUCCUCACGUCGGCUUCUUCCUCGUUUAUCUCCUCACCGAGCGGUUUGUGUUCUCAGAAAAGAAAAAACCUCCCCAUGGAAAUGUGACACACUGUUCAGUGUUCCGAACUGGAAACCGAUGGCAUGGUGCUACGUGAAAAACUCUGUUCAGCGUCCAUUUUUUCUUCUUUUUUGUCAUUUUUUUUUAGGGUUUAAAACACUUGAAAAGAACUGAACUGAACCACAGGUCACCAGGAUGGAUUCCUGCUACACAACCACUGGUAGUUUCACUGCUGGAAGUCGGAUUGUUUGGCUUCUCAUUAAACACAUCCAGACUUCUGAAUCACCAUACACUAGAACCGAACACGUAGGAAGACGAGUCGUCGAACGCCAACGUUUCUGGACCGAAGCUUGUUGGUUAGAAGUUCAACAGAAGACUUUUGUCUUUUGAGACUUUUGAGAGAAAAAGAUGCAGUUUGUGAGUUAAAGUUUGAAAAACGGGAACAAAGAAACAGGUCCAGAAACGACUCCAGAUCACUGUCCAACUGCAGCUAAUGAUUGUUGUCUUUGUAAAUCUACUGAUUCUUCUUCACGCCAAGUCUUCAGCCGUGUUUCUGUUUUUUUUUUAAUCAGAACAGUGAGAAUAAACGCCUCCAGUUUAGCAGCAAAGCUUUUCAGGUUUGGGACUUUUUUUUUUGAACAAAUUCUAGCGAAGAGCAUUAAACGCCGCCCCCUGCUGGUGUGAAGGAGGAAUUGCAACAAAUCCUCUUUCAGUUUUUAUGUCGUAGGUGGAUGAAGUUCUGUUUGUUUGUGCUUCUGAGAGUUUUUUUUUUAGCAAACAGCCACAUAAUCUACAGCGCCACCUUCUGACAGACGGAAACACGGCUGAUGAAAAGGUCAAAAACUGUGAACGCCACACUUCUGUCCCCAAAUCCCAUCUUCAGAUGUCCCAUUUUGUUCAACUCGAAAUUCCAAAACCCAAAGAUAUUCAGGUUUUAGUUCUAUAUACACAUAUAUGAAUUUAAAUAUGUAUUCAAAAAAGAGAAAAAAGCAGCGAAUCCUCCCAGAGAGAAGCUGGAACUGUUCUGUGUUUAGUGUUUUUACUUGAUUCAAUUGAUUAUCAGAGAUGUUGUUGAUUAAAGUCAGUCGAUUAAUCGUUUAGCUCGAGAUCGCUCCACGCUCGCCUCGUUCUGCCGGUUUCUAAUGUAGUUCCUGUUCAGAAUCAUUUUCACCAAAGUUCUUUAACCAACAAACAAUGCUGGGAAAUAACCGACGCGUCGUCGGGUGAUUUUUUUUUUUAUCGUUUUUGGGAUUUAAAAAGUCGUUUUCUUGAAAAAGCAAAAAAAAAAAAAUCUGCCAGCGAGUUGAAUUCAUGUGAUAAUUAAUUAUUACUUUUUUUUUAAAAGAUGUUUCCAUUUUUAAAACCUCCAGUCUUUUCCUCUCUACUCUGCUCAUCAUCAGUAGAUGUUUCUCCAUGCUGGAUGGACGUGCUCCUCUGUUCUCUGGUUCUGAGCCAUGCUGCAUUUUACCCCCCAUCUAAUUGUCCAAAAUCACUCAAAAAUUGUCCAAAAUGAUUUUGAGCUUUCAGUCACAUCUCUAACCUGGCAAUAGCCAGAUUAAUAAUUGUGUAGUACUUGAUAGUACUCCACAAUAUCAAUCUGGAACCGCUCCAUGUAAAUCCGUUCGGAGGAAAGAGGCACGGAUUGGACAAUGCAACAGUAUGUCCCGCCUCUGACAGGUUUGUUUUUAGCCAAUCGCGGGAUCUUCACAACGAGCGGAGCCAAUUGGUAGAUUAAACUCUUACCAAAACCCGUAGGUAAAAAAGCACAAACAUCUUUACCAUCCAGAAAUGAGCAAAGCGCCUCUCGUUGUUCUUCCUUCAAAGAAGCGAUAGGAGAUUCAGCUAAAACUGACUUAAUAGCAGCAUCUACACGAUCGUUGUCCUCCGUUGCCGUGUUUGUUUUGAUCUACUGGCGCUUGGUGUCGUCUUCACACCCGGAUAUCCCGCCCCACACACGAAUACUGCUGCGUGAUUGGCCCAUGCCAACUUGGCUCUGUACGAACAGUGAAUGCGGGAGCGGAGCAAGAUGGUUUCUUGAGAGAUUUGUGAACUCACAAAUAUCGCGACAAAUCAACUUGCUGGCAAGGUUAUCACAUCUCAUGGUCUUCAUCCAUCCUUUAGAACAUUUAGUAGCUGAACUGGAGCUUUCCAUCAUUUCACGUGAUCUUCAUGUGCAGAGAAAACAGAUUUAAACUUUUCAGAUUUUAUUAGCAAAUGAAGAUCAAGAAGCUCCGCAGCAGCUGCCAAAAGAAGCUUUUCUGCAAAUGACCCUAAAAAUGAGGAUAAAAAGCUGCUUUAAAAUCAAGGAAAUUCAUAAAAACGAGCAGAUUUGUUGGUGGCAGAUUUUGAUGCUUUUUUUUAAAGAAAAUGAGAGUUUUAGGACCCAAUGACAAACUAAAAUCACUGUAUCAGAAGAAAAAAACUAAAUCUUCUAAUCAGACGUCAACAUUCAACCAUUUAAAGCUUGAAUAAGUUAGAAGGUAAAAUAGCGAGAAUGUUGUUUUCAGCAGCCGAGUGGAAGCAAAUAAACCCGUAACAAAGCGGAGGUGCUGAUAUUUAACUUCUCUUUGGGUCUGUGUGGUUUGAAUUUCUCUCUUUGGAAUAUAAAAAAUGAAGGAAGGCUUAUUUCUCUGCGUAAUAAUAAUAGAAAUAAUGACUUUAUAGGUGUAAAAAUGAUUUUUUGUGACAGACAAAUGAUGAACAAAUUCCAUGAAUAAGAUCAUAAACAUGUAAAUAAGGAGAUAAAAUAGACACAUAAAGAUGUUCUUAAACCAUCAAAAAGGAGAAUUCAAACCACAGAAAAGCGGCUUUUCUCAGUGAAACGUCUCCGAGUCGUGAAUAAAAUCAGGGAGGAUUUGCUUCUGCUGCAGAUGAAACUUUAGAAAACGUAUUUGUGAACCGCAGAAGCCGCAGCUCGACGUGUUUUUUCUGAACUUAAAUCCAUGUUCUUUGGUGCAGCGUUAUGUUGGACGCCUGCUGGACAAACCUGGAACUGCAUGAAUGAAACUCAGAACAGUUUGUGUCUCGUCGUCGCAACAUUUUUACUUUUGGAGACAAUUCUUCAAAACAAAGCCACAACAAACGAAUAAAAGUCUCGUCCUGAAGAGAGGAUAUUCAGUUCAUCAUCGUGUCGGUUUGUUCAGUUGCACAGAAGGAAAGGACAUCUUCAACCUGUUUUUUUUUAAAGCUGCAGAAGUGGAACUUUUUAGCGUCUUUAGCAGCUAAUAAACAGUUUGAAACACUGAUCUGCUGCAGAAAUAAUCACGUUUGAAUCGUUGCAACAACUUUAUUACCUGGAAGCCCAGUGCUGGAGGACGUUUCACUGUUGGUAAAUCCUUUCAUUGAUUCUGUAAUUAAAUAUUACACUGCCUGCAGUUCAGGCAACAAUUGUCCAAAAUGGCUCAAAAAUUGUCAUAAAUGUGAUUUAAAGUUUGAUCCACGGUCGAUUAUCGACAUGAAAACAGGUCAAAUGUGGAUAAAGUCAGACAGCUGAGCUCAGUUCUGCUGUUUUCAUCGACGACCCGAAACCAAACAAACUCUCAGUGAUGCAGGAUCUUUCUGUUUACUGAUUUACCCUCAGAAGUAAAGGAAGAUUUCAUAAAAAGAUCAUUAUUUCCAGCAGAAGAGCAACUCCAAGGACGGAACGCUUCAUUUAGUUUAGUUCAGAAUCAGAGUUUCAGUAUUUUGGUCGUAGUUUGAGUCUUUAACGAGGAAAGCGUCUCAGAAUGAGUCCUGCAGAUGUUUCAGCUUCUUUUUACUGUUUCCGUGUCGUUUCAUGUUGUGAUGUGGUUUCAUUUCCAGACUCAACGAGCUCCUUCAGGCACUUCACCUCCUCCUCCUCCUCGUUUUCUCUCAGUAUUGUAUUUAUUUCAGACCAACAGAGUUUCUGACUGACUGCUGACAGGCAACAUGUAGAUCUGUGGACUCACCGUUUACAGAUGCCUUCUAUACUUGACCUGUGUCAAUAAAAAUGUGAAAAAACAAUAAAAGUAUUACAGAAGCUGCUGUUUUCCUGGGUUUUGUCUCCCCCAGGUGCGGAUCCAGAUUAAUUUUAGUGGGGGGGGAGCACUGAAAAGUCGUGAUAAAAAUGAAAGCUGCUACCAACCUCUGGCUUUCACAGAAUAUUUUUCAUGGGUUGUGUUUUGUUUUUGUCUCUUUAACCCAGUAGGAAAGCUGUAUAUGAGCUUUUCAUUUUGGACUGUUCACAUUAAAUUCUGAUGGACUUGU